UCAGUAGUACCCAUUUGCCGUAGGUAACACGUGAAGAAGUCGACAUCUACCUCUGGUCUGGUGUUUCAUUUAAAGUAAUACUUUGGAUUUUACUUGUUACAAGUGGCAGCCAUGGGUGUGCAUGGAAUGAUAAGUAAUCGCAAGAGAAGGCACAACAAACAGAAAAAGGCAUAUCGCAGACAAAGAAUUAAAACAGCUGCACAGAAGGAAAAGAGCAAGAUUUUCUCAGAAAUCCCAGAUCCUGAACUGAUUACAAUCCAUCACUUAAGAAAAAGAAAGACAAGUUCAAGAGCUAACAUAGAACUCUCAGGAAAGAAGAAAAGAAAACUUUUGAAGCAGCUGAGGCACAUGCAGAAAGACCAGACAGCUUUGAAUGAUUUAGUUGAAGAGGUGUCCACAAAUGGAGCAUUAAAAGACAUUGAAAUGAAAAGCCCUGACCCUCAGUCAGAAGGCACACAGAAAAAAGACAAAAAAAGUAGAAGUAAAAAAAGUUCUACUGAAGUUAAUGACACUGCUGAAAAAAUGGACACUGUAUAGUAUAAAGACUAUGGCCAUGUUAACAGCCUGGACCCCAUAACUUGAAAGCAUGGCACAUUGCAAAUAGUGGUAUCAUGUAGAGGCUACAAUGUAUUAUAAGGAACAAGUAUGGGCAAGUUAUGGAAUUGAGAUGCUUGCGCUCGGUCACUAUGCGCGAUGCUUACGAGUUUCGGGCCCUGGCUUACUACAAAUGGAAGAAGUCUAAGGGUCUUGUCAGAUCCAGUGAUACACUUAACUGGACUGGUACACUUUGACAGGUCCUAAUGUGUAUUACCUCUCACAAGUUCACUUUCUGCUGUUCAGUUGCACUAAAAUUAGCCUUGUGGAACACAGGGGCUACUUGUAGUUAAUAGCAAGGUUAUUUAAUACUAGUCUGUAUCUCUCAAAGUAUACUGGACCAGUUAAGUAUGCUGCUCUAUUUGAAAUGGGCCAAAAUAACAUCACAAGUCACCUAGAUUAUUGUCUAUUCAGAUCUAUUUGAAAUGGGCUCAAAUAACAUCACUAGAGUACCAGAUUAUUGUCCAUUCAAAUGAAUUUAAAAUGGACCCAAAUGACAUCACUGAACACCCAGCUUAUUUAGGGACCCCUCUUUGAAUUAUCAGUCUGAUAUUAAGUAAUCUGGUGGCCUUCAACAUUUUCUUGUCAGAGUUGGUCCUGUUCUGAAGGGCUGGGAAAGGAUGGGAGGAGGCUCUGUUUGUGAUCUGUUAUAUAAAUGUGGCAGUAAAUACAGCACAGUACUGAUUGCAUUUAAAACCUAUUUAUGUGAAGUAAUAAAAGUACUCCUUUCUAUGUCAAAAUUGAA